AUGACAACCUCCAUACCCUCACGUCCUAUUGGUUCUAUUCCACCCCAGGGCUAUCAAGAUUUCCAGGAUAGCCGUGAACCACACAAUAUGAAUUUGCCAAACUUCUUCCAGCUCGAAUCAUUUGAUUGGGCUGAAGACGUCGAGGAGGAGAUCGCUCUUAGAGAUUUGAUCUCCUGCUCUCCCAAAAGCCUAUCUGUGAAUGUUCACACCCAGGUUGACGAUUUCAAGCAUCCUCAGCUCCCAAAUUCCUCUGAAUCGGCAGGGAACAUCGACAAUCAUUUCGCCUUCCACUCACAAAAGGCUACCUUACUCGAGGCUUAUACCCGGGCUCUCUUCCGUCUUACCCCCCGGCAAAUGCCCACCAGGGGUACACCACUAGCGCCUAUCCCGGAGGCUUCCAACUCUGUGGAAUCGGAAUUUGCACUUUCACCUCACAUCGCCAGUGAUUCCUCUCUCACUAGGCAGUCAAUCAAACUCAGCAGUACCCUCAGUACAGAUUCACGGACAUGUGACGUUAAAGAGUCGUGUGUUCCAGCUUCUUCAACUAGAACAUUUCUAGAGGCCUCAAACGGAAUCACGAUCCCACAAUGGGGCUUGGUAGGGAUGGAUGAAAGCGCCGAGGCGAUUUUCAUGUCGCGGUGGAGGGCUACUGGCUAUGAUGACUCCAUUCACCACUACAAUUGGUUGUGCAAUCCAGUCUAUGAGCGAAGCGCAACUCCGCCCGCAGUUUCCUUUGCUUGUAUUCAGGCUGGGCCCAAAAUUCUCCCGGUUCGUGACCGUUACCGAGUCCAAUCCAUCAUGAACCGCACAGCGACAUUCCUUGACCCUGUGGGCCUUCUUCUCGAGUCGGGCGACGACCCAAUUUUGAAAAUGCGUGGCUCCCAGCUUGAGCAGGCCUGCCAUGGUCGCGCGUUCAAAAUGUACUCAGUGCAUGGCAGUUGGAUGAGGGACAAUAAAGAGGAUACUGGCAGUAUCAUAGAAGAUACGGGGACUACGCAACUCUAUCGAUCAUCCACUCUCGCUGUUGCGAAUGGCUUCUUGGCUACUGAUGCACUCCAAUCUUGUUUGAGCUGGAACAGGGUUAUUGAAGAGGCUGCUGCUUCUCAGAGCAUAUUCGAGAUUCCACGCAGAAAGACUUGGGCUCCAAAGUUAUCCAAUCUACGAACAAUCGAUACAGUUUCGAGGGACGAUUCCAGCCUCGCCGAUCCUGUUAGUCCUCAGCCUGCUCUUGGCUCCAACGCAAGUGGGGUCUCCGGUACUACACCUUCGCAUAUUCCACAGACUCAGCCUAAGGCAAACCGCAAGCAUCGACGCCGCACCACCGCACCGCUAUUUGGCACUUGCGGAGAGUACUUCUCGUUCCCGGAUCCGGUAUUCAGUGAGCUUUCAGCGGAUAAGCGGCUCAAAGGCAUGAUCAAGAGAAGGUGGAAGGCUUGGAGUCAUGUGGCCAGAUGGCCAUGGAAAUAA